GGAAAAGAAAGAAAAGAUCUUAGUACAUUGCCGAAGUAGUCAUCCUAGUAGUAGCAAAUCAGAAGUUGUCCGAAAGAGCCAGAUAAAACUUGUUGUCGCUCUCACACCUCCGUCAGCAUUUAUCUCAGCACCGAUACUCUUCACAUCUUACUUUACCAAUCCCAUUUCAUCUGUCGCUCGAAAGGGACAAACCAAAAAAAACCCCAAGAACAAUACACCAACUGUUCGAUGAAAAUCCCAGAACAAACCAUGCAGUACAAGAACCUUGGAAGAUCUGGUCUCAAGGUCUCCCAGCUCUCCUAUGGUGCCUGGGUCACUUUCGGCAACCAGCUCGAUGUCAAGGAGGCGAAAUCUAUCCUCCAGUGCUGCCGUGACCACGGUGUGAACUUCUUCGACAAUGCCGAGGUCUACGCCAACGGCCGUGCUGAGGAGAUCAUGGGCCAGGCUAUCAAGGAGCUAGGGUGGAAGCGAUCUGACAUUGUUGUAUCCACCAAGAUCUUCUGGGGUGGGCCUGGCCCGAACGACAAGGGUCUGUCAAGAAAGCACAUAAUAGAAGGGACUAAGAAUUCUUUGAAGAGGUUGGACAUGGAUUAUGUUGAUGUGAUUUAUUGCCACCGGCCCGAUAUCGGGACGCCGAUCGAGGAGACUGUGAGGGCUAUGAACCAUGUCAUUGAUAAGGGAUGGGCUUAUUAUUGGGGGACUAGUGAGUGGUCUGCUCAGCAGAUUACUGAGGCUUGGGGUGUGGCUGAGAGGCUGGAUCUCGUGGGGCCCAUUGUUGAGCAGCCUGAGUAUAAUCUGUUCUCCAGGCAUAAGGUUGAGUCUGAGUAUCUUCCUUUGUACACUAACUAUGGUAUCGGCCUCACCACAUGGAGUCCACUUGCAUCUGGAGUUCUGACCGGAAAGUAUAACUCGGGAAAUAUUCCAUCUGAUAGUAGGUUUGCCUUGGAAAAUUAUAAGAAUCUUGCAAGUAGAUCCUUGGUAGAUGAUGUGCUGAAGAAAGUGAAUGGAUUGAAACCAAUUGCAGAUGAGCUGGGGGUGCCUUUGUCUCAGCUUGCAAUUGCUUGGUGUGCAUCAAAUCCUAAUGUUUCAUCUGUUAUCACCGGUGCCACCAAAGAGGCCCAGAUUCAAGAGAACAUGAAGGCCAUCAAUGUUAUUCCUUUGCUAACACCUGCAGUGAUGGAGAAGAUCGAGGCUGUUGUUCAAAGCAAACCUAAGCGCCCAGAUUCAUAUCGGUAGACACAAUGAUUCUCAUCUAUCUUUUAUAGGUGUCUCUCCAUGGUUGGCGGCUUCUGAGUCCUGUCUUUCCCGUGUGCAAAAACUACAUAUUUCGCCUGUCAUUUCAUCGAUAGAACUGGUGUUUGCUAUUUGGAGUUCUUUUAUGAGCAUGAUCGUGGAGUUCUCUCAUAGCCAUUGCGUAUUUUCUGUGACUGGUGAUGUAUUUUUAAACGGAUUUGUUACUUAAAACAUUUUUAAAUGACAUUGCGAUUAUAUUGUCUGUCUUUCCAA